AUCAGAUAGGCAGAUCGCGUCGAGUAUUAGUUUUCACAAAUCUCACUUAUGUAGGCUCCGCAAGAGUAGAAUAAUUAACUCUAAUGAUCAACAAACACUCCUUAAGUGCGGAAAAAGCCGCAUAUAUGGAGCACGGGAUCGAACUCGGAACAGAUUACGAGUCGAUUGCAUAAAACGUGAAGCUACUUGACAUUCCCAAAUUUUUUUCCCUUUCUUCUAUAUUACGUGUCACGAUCUCUUCUUUUAUUAAACAAAAAUCCUACUUCUCCUAUUUAUCCGCAUGCGCCUUAUUGUCACGCUCUCGCAGACCGACCCGGUUGGUCUCUCUCUCUCUCUCUCUCUCUUUCUCUCUCUCUUUCUUCCACGAGCAGCGACAGCUUGGUCGCUGGUUGGAUAUAAAGCUUUCGGGACCUGUUGCCGUCAGUACAUUCGCUUCGCGCGAGCUGUAACGUAGACGGUGGAUAAGUCGCUCGAGUUCACUCUUCGCACGCGGCGGUGUUCGGAGUCGCGAAUAGAGAAGGGAGGAGAUACAAAGGGAGUCUCCAUCGAGAAUACACGGAGAUUAACGGAAAAAACGGCGGGGACUAAGCAGAUGCAUCGCACACGGAGGAGGACCCUCGUGGGCUUUUACCAGAUCGGACGCACGAUCGGUCUUCUGGCCAGUCUCUGAGAAUAAAGCUCUCGGGGAUAUCUCCUCGAUAUCCUCGAAAAUCUCAGCUUCGUGAUUUCGCGAACACCACUAGCCAAGCAGGGCGGAGAAUCCCAAGGGGCGAUGAGCCGCGUACCACGUGGUGAUAUGACACUGUGAUCAGCGGACUGUGAUAUUAUACCUGUACCAUAUUAUUACAUUACACGUGUACUUUACACGCUUCAUCGCGGAAAAGAGCAUCCAACAACGACGUGCGCUAUGGCAGAAAAAAAUAGCGAUACGCAAGACCCGGAGAAGGCGACGCUGGUGAACUCGACGUUGCUUCCGAAAAUCCAGCCGUCCGUGCUGCUCAAUGAUGAGAGGACGAAUCUGGCAAACGGCGCCGUCCCAAAGGGCGAUCCUGAGGAUGGCCGACCGCCCAGGGGUAGCGCCAUCAGACAAGUCUUGGCCGCCCUGGUUGCUCAGCUCGGUACCAUCAACACGGGCAUGACAUUCGGCUUCUCUGCCAUCGCUUUGCCGCAGCUCCAGGAGCCAGACAGCAUCAUUCCCAUCAAGGAGGGAUCGACGGAGGAAUCGUGGAUAGCUAGCAUGUCCUCUAUUGGCACGCCGAUCGGUUGCUUGAUGUCCGGCUACAUGAUGGACAUGUUCGGCAGAAAGCGUUCACUUAUCAUCACGGAGAUCCCGGCGGUACUCGGAUGGCUGCUAAUUACAUUCGCGACCGAUAUACACAUGAUAUAUGCUGGUCGUUUCUUCGUCGGUCUAGGAUCUGGUAUGGUGGGUGCACCAGCCCGCGUCUACACAAGCGAGGUGACACAACCACAUCUACGAGGAAUGCUGAUCGCGCUUGCGAGCGUCGGUGUCAGCACAGGAGUUCUGAUAGAAUACGCUCUAGGAAGUAUAGUUACAUGGAACGUCUGCGCCGCUAUCAGUGGUAUUGUGCCAUUUACCGCAUUGGUGUUGAUGUUCUUCUUCCCGGAGACCCCAUCCUACCUCAUAUCGCGCAGCAAACCAGACCAGGCCAAGAAGGCGCUACAGAAAUUCCGCGGCAGUACUUACAACGUGAAUCAGGAAAUGGAGACGUUGGUUGAGUUCUCUAACAAGAACAACAUCAAACGACUCACCGGCUUUCGGGAGAUCAUGUGCGCUGUGCUAAAACCCAACGCGCUCAAACCUUUCGCCCUGCUGUUUCUGUACUUCUUGAUAUACCAAUGGUCAGGCACCAACGUUAUAACUUUUUACGCCGUCGAGAUCUUUAAAGACUCGGGAGCAAGUAUGAACAAAUAUUUAGCGGCGGUUAUACUGGGAAUAGUCAGGCUCACCUCUACUAUCGUCGCUUGCGUCCUAUGUAGAAGAUGCGGCAGGAGACCGCUCACAAUGGUAUCCUCCAUCGGAUGCGGACUUUCUAUGGUAGGAUUAGGUGGAUAUAUGUGGUUGAAAAAUUACUGGGUCGAGAAUGAUCUUCCAAUCGUCGCCACAUGGAUCCCCGUCAUGUGCAUAUUCUUAUACACCAUCACUUGCACUUUGGGUUUCCUAGUGAUUCCGUGGGUGAUGAUAGGCGAGGUUUAUCCCGUGCAAGUACGCGGUAUUAUCGGUGGACUUACUACUAUGUGCGCGCAUUCGUUUAUCUUCAUGGUAGUUAAAACUUAUCCGUUCCUGGCCAGCGUACUCACUCGCCACGGUACAUUCAUUCUCUACGGUUGUAUAUCUUUGUUUGGCACGAUAUACUUCUACAUAUGCCUUCCGGAAACUAAAGAUAGAACGUUACAAGAGAUUGAGGACUAUUUCUCUGGUAGAAGCAAUGCUCUGAUGACCGGUAGAAUGAGUAACAAGCCAAAGGUUUUAGAAAUUAAAAAAGGCCAGAUAUUACCGUGAAAGGGAGGACCAUUUUUAAUUGUAGAAAUUUUGCAAUGUGGCUUAUUUUGAAAGAAUUAUUUUAGUUAGAAAAAAAAGCAUUUGCUUGUUAGCGACUAAGAAUGUUAUUUACUUUUAUAAAGACAAUGAAAUGGGCAAGUACUUUAAAACUUUGACGUUUGCUUUGUGACAAAUACCUUAGAAGAUAAAAUAUUUUUAGACAAACGAUGAAAAGAUAAAACAAAAUAUAAAGACAAA